CUGGAAAGUCGACGAAGCAGACGACGUCGGGAACAUAUAGGCACGAUGAAAUUGAACAUUGCUUACCCCGCCCUGGGCACCCAGAAGACCAUCGAGGUCGACGAUGAGCGCAAGUACCGUAUCUUCUACGAGAAGCGCAUGUCGCAGGAGGUUAAGGGAGAUGCCCUCGGUGACGAAUUCAAGGGUUACAUCUUCAAGAUUACCGGUGGAAACGACAAGCAGGGUUUCCCCAUGAAGCAGGGUGUUCUUGAGGCCCGCCGUGUCCGUCUCCUUUUGUCUGCCGGCCACUCUUGCUACCGCCCCCGCCGUACCGGUGAGCGCAAGAGGAAGUCCGUCCGUGGAUGCAUUGUUGGCUCCGACAUCGCCGCCCUUGCUUUGGUUGUCGUCAAGCAAGGUGACGCCGACAUCCCUGGCUUGACCGACACUCAGGUGCCCAAGCGCCUUGGACCCAAGAGGGCCAGCAACAUCCGCAAGAUGUUCAACCUCACCAAGGAUGACGAUGUCCGCAAGUACGUCAUUCGCCGUGAGAUCCCCGGCAAGGGCGACAAGAAGGGCUACACCAAGGCCCCCAAGAUCCAAAGGCUGGUCACCCCCCGUACCAUCCAGCGCAAGCGUCACCUGAAGGCCUUGAAGGUUCGCCAAUCCGCGAAGGUUGCCGAGGAUGCCGCCGAAUACGCGAAGAUUCUCGCUCAACGUAUCAAGGAGCGCAACACCAAGCGUCAAGAGCUCCACCAGAAGCGUCGUCUCUCCUCCACCCGCAAAUCCACCACCCAGGCAUAGAUUCGCGUCGUGACGCUUAUACCGGUCAUGAUCAUCGCAUCUGUAUUGGGGUUGUAAAAAAUUCAAUUUCUCUCUUCCAUCCCUUUUGUCAUCUUAUUUUAUCUUGGAAGGACACUCGACAGCAUGCGGAUUGGGGGAUUCAGCAAACGCAUCUUGUCGAAACGUUUCCAGCAUUCAAUAUAUCUAUCUGACCCUUGAGGGCUUUCUGGAUUUGCUCACUGACGAGGACUGGGACUGAUGGUUGGUAAAGGCGUGGAACAACAGGGGAAGCAGAAGGUGUGGAAGCUGCUCUAUGUUGGAAAGGAAUCCAAAGGCCAGACGUUGGAUUGAGAGGGAG